CCUCUUCUUUGUUGUUUUAGCAUUUAAAAACCCCAAAUAACCCAAAACUGUCUCUACGAAUUAUAUCGUCGGAGUCGGAGAAGUCUCUCUCUCUCUGCCGCCAUUUAAUGCUUACACGUUUUAUCACAAAACCAAACAAAAAAAUUUCAAAUCGGCAAAAAAAAAAAUGUCAUUAUCUCCGUCGUCAUCUUCAACAUCACCGUCGUCACAGUCACCAUCAACACCACCUGAUCUAAAACAAAGAGUCAUCGCUUGUCUCAACAAGCUCGCUGAUCGAGACACGUUAGCUCUCGCUUCAGCAGAGCUCGACUCAAUCGCUAAAAGCCUCACUCACGACUCCUUCUCUCCGUUUCUCAACUGUAUCCACAACACUGACUCCUCCGUUAAAUCUCCGGUGAGAAAACAGUGCGUCUCUCUCUUGUCUCUUCUCUCUCGUUACCACGGCGAUUCCCUGACUCCUCACCUCGCUAAGAUGGUUUCCACCGUCAUCCGCCGUCUCCGAGAUCCUGAUUCCUCUGUUCGCUCCGCUUGCGCCGUCGCUACGGCUGAUAUGUCUGCUCACGUCACGAGGCAGCCGUUCGCUUCCGUCGCGAAGCCGUUGAUCGAGACGUUGGUUCAGGAAGGUGACUCGAAUCUUCAGAUCGGAGCGGCGUUGUGUUUGGCGGCGUCUGUUGAAGCUGCGACGGAUCCGGAGUCGGAGCAGUUGAGGAAGUCGUUGCCUAAGAUUGGGAAGUUGCUUAAGAGUGAAGGUUUUAAAGCUAAAGCUGCGUUGUUGAGUGCCGUCGGGAGUAUUAUUACCGCCGGUGGUGCGGGGACUAAACCGGUUUUGGAUUGGUUAGUUCCGGUUUUGAUUGAGUUUUUAAGCAGCGAGGAUUGGGCGGCGAGGAAGUCUGCUGCGGAGGCGUUGGGUAAAGUUGCGACGGCUGAAGACUUGGCUUCUCAAUACAAGAAAGCUUCCACGGCGGCUCUUGAGAGCAGAAGAUUUGAUAAGGUGAAAAGUGUUAGAGAAACUAUGAAUCGAGCAUUGAAUCUAUGGAAGGAAGUUUCAAAUGAUGAUGAAGCUUCUUUAUCUCCAUCAAGAUCUUCUUCAACAGAUGGUAGUAGCAUUGGAUGUUUUACCUCAGUCACGAGAAGUGCAACAAUUGACGUUGGUUUUAAAUCCGGUAGACCAAAGAAAGUAACGCCUAUGAUGAAGAGGUCCCCAUCUUUGCCUGUGAAUAGAUCAUAUCCAGCAACUAGACAAAAGGAGAAUCUUCCAAAGAGAAAUCAAGGGAAUAUGACCAUGUUAGCAGCUGAAGCCUCUAUUGUGGAUAACAACAAGGGACCACCACAGUUUACUCCGGUUAAGCAAUCUUCGGAAGAGACGGCGAACUCAGGGCCAGGGGGACCAGAUAUAAUCAAACAUACCAUCUCUGAGAAAAGCCGGGAAGAUAACAAAGUAUCCAACUUUGGUGGUUUGAAGUCUGGCUCAAGGGUUGCACCUUGCAGUAGUGAUGAUGGUGAUUCUUACGAUUCUGUUGCCAAGAAUUGUAAAGAUGAGGUAGAUGACAGCAGGAAAGAUAGUGAGGAACUGUCUUUGAUACGGGAACAGCUUGCUCUCAUUGAGAAUCAACAGUCUAGUCUCUUAGACCUACUACAGAAAUUCAUGGGAACAUCACAGAGUGGCAUCCAGUCUCUGGAGUCUCGUGUCAGCGGUCUAGAGAUGGCUUUGGAUGAAAUAUCAUGCGAUCUAGCGGUUUCUAACGGGAGAGUUCCUAAGACUAGUAGUGGCUGUGCAGGAGAGAGUUGUUCCAAACUACCUGGUACAGAGUUCUUAAGUCCCAAGUUCUGGAGAAAGACAGAGGAGAGACCACGGAUUAGCAACACAGCUAGUGAAACGGCUGCUCAUGACCGAGAAUCAACAACAGACUUGAACAAUAUUCAAAGAGGAGGUUCGGUUUUUCAAAAGAGAUCACCAAGAGACCAGUUCCAAGACUCUAUGCAUACAACACUACAGAAACCAACCACCAGAUUAUCUACUUGAAGUAAAGAGAGGAGAAAGAGUGCACUUGAGUGAUUCAAUUUUUUGAGGAAGAGAGUGAUGAUGUGAGGAUUGAGGAACAAACAGAAGCUGACCAGACACUGACUCAAGAAGCUGAAAAUGAAAGAAUAAAAUCCAAAUCUCAGAUUCGAUGCUUUGCUUCAAACCGCUUGUUUGAAAUUUUAAGCUCUCUCUGAUCACACAUGUUAGAGGAAGCUUCAUAUUAUUAAUUUAAUCAGCGAGUGAAUCAAGAGAGAGUUUCAAAAAGAUUAAAACGCAUGUGAAUAGAUCUGAUAUUUAUGUAAUUUGAGCAUUAGAGAGUUUUUGACAAAAAAACCAAUAGAAGAGAUGUAAAGAUUUGUGUGACUGUGUGUGUUUUUUACUCCGAUCUGUACUGUAAAUAUUUUGGUAAAGGAAGGAAUUAUUGGCUUGCUGCUA